CCAUGACAAACUUGAGGUCUAUUUAAUAGCUAUCUGAAUGUGCCCGAUGUCUAAACGUGUUUGAGGAUAUAUUUAAAGACCAUUCAACAUUGUGCGGGUAGUAAAUAUUUCGCUGCGUCAAGAAAAGUAGCUAACCCUACCUGAAUAAGAGUCGUUCAAAUACAUGUAGAAACACCUAAAGCAAGAACGAACUAUUAUCAAACUGUCCACGGCACAGGACAUGGACCUGGAUAUUAGAAAAUAUCUGAACAGGGCGAGGGAACAAAAAGAUGUUGAGGCUGUGCGGCUAGCAUACCAGCUGAUCACGGACGCGCUCCCCGAUGGCGGAGGCGCGCGCCGGCCCUGCUGCGCCGCGGAGCUGCUCGUGCUGUGUGCAGAGGAGGCUCUACAGUUGGGUUGCAUGGAGAUAAGUGUGGCGUGUCUAAAGUCGUACUUUGAAGGGAACCCGGCGACUAAUCAGUUCCUUUGUCGAGCCUACCUCUGCAAGGGCCAGCUGAGGUCUCCAGCAACCAGUGGGAACGCGGACGACUUUCAAAGUGCGCUGCUGUAUUUUCAGAAGGCCAUUGAGAUAUCAAAGAACAAUCCGAGAUACCACUUCCUGGUGUUCAACACUUCGCUGCGCUUCCUCCAGGCCAUGCGUCCGCUGCUGCGGCCGGGUCUGCGGGGCCGCCUGGCGCCCUCGCUGGCGCUGUUGGUCUCGGCGUUGGAAGAGGUGGCAGAGCCUGACUACAGCUGGAGGGCCGAGCUCAUGAUACAUCUGGUGGAGUGCCUUGUGGAUGCCGGGAGGAGGGAGGAUGCCUGCAGAUAUUCCACUGUUACAUCAGAAUUUGUCGCGUCACACGCCCCUCAUCUGUAUCCAGAAGUCCUCACCCUCAUGGCUCGGUACCAGCUGCUGGGGGACAGUAGCCCAGAUAUGACCACACACGCUCCCAGUGGGGCAGUUCUUCAUAAAAUACUCAAGCUUAAAAACAGGGUGGAGGGAGGAGAGAGAGAGUCGUGUCUUCUCAGCGAGGAGGAUGUUGUGGAGCUCAAAGAGGUUUUCAGUCUGCUGGCUGAACACGCAGCAGGACCCCAUGCCGUGAUGUCGGGGGAGACUCCAACUAACACAAGCCAGACCUCUGCAGCCAUCCCCCCUGCUGAAAGAGUUGUGUUGCUAAUGGAGCUGGCUGUGCUUGGCCUGCAGUGGAAGCAACAGGAGGUGGUCGCCAGCUGCUUAAAGGAGCUGAGAUCAGCCAAAGAAACAAUGGCCAGCCAACAUGUCAUGCUGGAGUGCUUCCAGUGUGAACUCAACGUUCUGAGGAAGCAAGAGAAGAUGAGCGUCUAUUCCAAAGCCGGCAUCGAGGCGCGGCUGAAGGAGAUAGGGAAGCUGGAUCGGUUGCUGAGGCGCGUGGCGGCGGCGGGCGAGGCAGACCCCCGAGCGGUGCAGGCGGUGUGUGCCACCCAGUGGAGCGUCUGCCUGCCCCUGCUGCAGCGCAACCUCAGGAAACGCGUCCGGGCGGAGCUGCAGAGGGUGGCCCAGGCCCUGGAGGACAUCAACAGCAUGCUGCUGGAGACCCGCUGUGAGGUCCACCAGGAGCUAGCCCUCCUGGAGGAGGAGGAGGGCCGUCUGGAGGCCUCCCUGGGGCACCUGGAGAGAGCCGUGCUGCUGGCCGAUGGACCGCGCAGAGAGCGCUUGUUGACCACGGUCCACCGGCUGCGCCUCAGAGCCACCCUGUACAGCGCCCCAAGCAGGCCGGAGGACAGGGCCGCCAUGCUGCUCCAACAGGCAAAGGAUAAGGCCCCAAAAGACAGCAUUGAUAUUCGUUCCACGCUGGUCCAAGCUGGUCUCCUCCUGGCCCCUGAUGCUUUCCAGAUAGUGCUGGAUGCGGACUGCACGCCUGAAAGCAGUGAUGGGACUGUACCUGCACUUCAGCUGUCUGCCAAGGCCAAGCAUCACUCUUGGUCGGUCCAGGGGGUGAAGGGACAUCUGGAGAGACUGGCAGAUGACAACAACGCCACAGAGAGGGUGAAUGUGUGGGCAGUGCUGGUGAAGGCUGCCAGGGGACAUGAGGUGUGGGACGUAUGCAGAGCUGCUUGCCGCUUCUGUCUGCUCUACGACGACGGCAGAUGGACUGAGAAGGGUCAGAGUCCAGAGCAAGGUUCUGUCCAGAUCAACGCCUCCUCCAGGGAUGUGCUUCUUCUCCUGGCCGAAAUCUGUUUCAUCAAUGCUGAGGCCACUGUCCAGAAGCUGCAAUCGGAGGGGGUGGAGCUUAACAGUCCUGCUGUCCUGCCCCAGGACAGAGGAGGCCCCGCCUCUGAGGACCAGUGGGGGGUCUACAGGGACUGGAUCCAGUCUCUGUCGGCCUAUGCCACCGCUGGCUUCCUGCGGGGAGCGGAGUUGGGGGAGGAGCUUGGCGAGUGGUGGAUGGUGGACAAUGCCGCCGUGUACCUGUGGAACUACAGCCGCCCCCUGCUGGCGGCCUGCGAGUAUCGCACCCUCCUGCCCGCCUUCCAAACGCUAGUAGACACGCUUAGACGAACUGGACACUAUGGGGAUCAGGCGCUGUUGAUGCUGCUGUGUGACUGUGUGGCCCGCGGGCUGCUGCAGCCUCUGCUGGGCCGAGACGGAGUCAGGACCAAGAAGGGAGCGGGGAGGACCCCGGACAAGGCAGGCUCCACCACCCAUGUUGGGGGAACCCUGGCGAUGGAGCCGGCCGCCCUAAAGGACUUGAACAAGGCUCUGGAGGUGUGUGAAUUCGCCCUGCGUCUGUCAAGCGUGGCCGUCCCUGGAGGGGCCGUAUCCAUGGUGACCAGGAAACAGGUGCUGGCCACCUGGGUUCAAAUCAAGAGGCUCCUGCAGCAGCCUGUCAGCCAGACGAAGGAAAUUGGGGUAGAGUGUAAGGGAGACGAGUCCGUGGCGGCCAUGACACGCGUGCUUGUUGCCGUGGAGAUGCACUUGUGUUGCAACAGAGACGGUGUGCAGGUGGAGUCUGCGGUGCCCGGCCUCUCGUCACUCGUGCGCGCCGCGUCUGACUGUGCGUGGAGCGACGCGGCGGCGGAGCUGCAGGUGUGGAGCCAGCUGGCGUCGCUCUGUCACCAUGGCGACGACCACAACCUGGUGCUCCACUGCACCCAGGCUGCGCUGCUGCUGGAGGGCGCUGCGUCUAGAGGCGUCAGUGGUUCCCUUUACGGGCCGAAUGCAGUGAAUGAGAUGCUGAGCAGCGUGGCCGGUCUGAGGGGCCUGAGCCUGGCACACCAGUCCAGCGGAGACCUCCACAAAUACAAAGAGGCCCUGCAUGUCCUGCUGUCCAGUGUCAGCUUUGCAGAGAAGGGUCAGAGCCUGCCCCUGUGCAGGGCAGCGGCAAGACAUUACUGGAACACCUGCCUGCCACUGACCCGGGCCCCCGCAGACCGACAGCAGCUCCAGGGACCCCUGGAGAGGAUUCUGAGUGCCCUGUGUCAUACCGGGCCCCGACAGACUACGCAGGGUGAGGCAAAGGGCAGGGUUGCUGCGACAACCACGGCUAAAUUGGAAGAACCUACAAACGAUGAAGAUGAUGAAAUAGGCCUACGAGCGGGCAUGUACCAGAUGCUGUUUCGUAUCCACGGCGAUCAAGGCGAUUGGGAGAGAGCUCUGCAGGUGCUGGAUAAGGGUGUCAGAGAGCUGCCUCGGACCCAACACAGACUGCUCCUGUUGCAGCAGCGCACGCUGGUCCGUGCACGGCUGGGCCAGAGUGUUGGGACGGACAUGCAGAGGUUAAAGGAGGAGGGGGAGCAUGUCUGUUCCUCUGUGUGGCACCAGGUGGCGCUGUGUUCCCCCGACACCCAGCAGCAGCUGGCCAGCUUCCAGAGCUCGGUGGCCUCUCUCUCAGAGCAGGGUGCAGAGGGCCGGUGGCAGAAAGCAGACCUCCUAAUGCAGUUUGCAGAGUGGCUGUACGGUCAGAACCAGCCUCUCCAGACGACCCAGCACCACCUCCACUGGGCCGUAGACCUGCUGGUGCAGCUGGACCCUGAACUGGCCCAGGAGACAGACGACCCGUCCAAGGACAGUGGCCCCGCUGACACCUUGGGGCCAGAUCCCCCCCUACAAGCGGUGGUCAGGGGGGCCUCCAUUCUAACGGCGCUGCAGGAUGUGAGGUGUCUGGACGGGCUGAUCAGAGCGCACACCCUGCUGGGCUUCAUGGAGCCCAGGACCUCCCCGGGCCACCAGGAGAACCUGCUCCGGGCCUACGUCUUCGUCCUGCACACCUGGAACGUGUCCAUGGCAACGGUGCGUGAGGUCCUUACCGAGAUGGCGAAGGCUCUGCCGGUGGAGCCCCCCAGCUCUGCUGCCUCCAGGAAGGAGAAGAGUGUGGUGCGAGAUAAGGGCAAGGGGAAGAAGACCAAAGAGGCACAGCAGACCCCCCGACCCCCCACUGAGGAGAAGCCUCAACAACUGUUCCAGGAGGAGGAGCUCACCCUCCCUUCCACGCCUACAGAGUGGGCGCGCUACGUCUGUCCCCACGUGGUGCGGGAAACCUUCCGGACAAGUGGCGCCCACCACUGCAUCAGCAAACCCAGCUUCCCCAAACAGGCCCAGAGUCUGUUCUACCUGGAUCUCCUGGUCAGGGAACUGACGUCCCUCUCCCUCCCCCAUCUGAGCCUCCCUGUGCUGCACCUUGCCGAGACCAUCGCCCACGACCUUGUGGGCAGGAAGGGCCUGUCCGACCUCUACCGCCUCAGGAUUGUGAGGACCUGUUGUCAACUGGGUAUGGAGGCCCAUUCUCCUUACCAGGACGAGCUGUUGGACCUCAGUAGCCUCCGGGAACAGGAACUAAUUGACUGUCGUAAGGCAAUUUUUAUAGCAAGGCAGAGGAGGAGCCAAAACAUGCUUCCAAAACAGAGUUCCUCUGCGGAGCCCAGGCCGGAGGUACGGCUCCACCAGCGGAGAGCUGAGCUGAGCUCUGAGGGCAUAUGGCUGGACAAAGCCGAGGUGUGCCUCAGCAUUGGGCUCUAUCCAUCAGCCAGAUGGCUUCUGGUCGAGGGCCAUCUGCUGGCCAAGGAAGUGGGUCAGCAGGAGGCCGAGGCCAGGGCUCUACUGGGUCUGGCGGGUUUGGCCUGUGCGGAGGGGGACCAUGGCCAGGCCCUGGAACUCCUGGACCGGGCUCAGGACCUGGGAGGGGACGAGGAGUUCUGGUACAAGCUCACACUGACCCGGGUCCAAGCCACUGCCAGCCUGGGAGACCAGGAGGCGGGUGCGAAGGUUGAUUUGGUUAUACAGCAGGGCUGUGCAGUUCUCCGCUCCGUUCUGGGCCAGCGACCCAACCGCGCUCCAAGGCUGCGCCUCUGGAUCGCAUCCCUGGAGACGAGACGUGCUGCGGAAUGCAUCCGCCUCCUGAGCCACCGGGGGCCCGGAGAGACCAUCUCAGCCGGGGAAGCCCUCAGGCUGACCCAGGCCUGCCACGCUCUCAGAGAUGCUGCCCGGGAGAGCACUCAACUGGGCCAGGAGGAGCAGGCUGCGCAGGCCCAUCUGGAACACGCCACGGGACUCAGAGUCUUGGCCAGACACGCUGGCAGUGAUGACGAGGAGAAGCGCCACCUGCUGGACAGCGUGUGCAGGAUGCAGGAGGCAGUGUCCUUGCAGGAGCAUGCUCUGCUGAGGGCAUGGAGCUGGGCCCCCUCGCAGGAGAGUCCCGGCCUGACAUUGGUGUCCAUGCGACGGCUGCAGCGCCUGCGGCUAUCUCUGGCGGAGCUGUGUCUGGCCACGCUGGAGCAGCUGCACGCGGAGGAGGAGGUCCAGGCCCACGCUCGCCGAGCCAAGACCUCCGCACAGAGAGCGCUGGAGGACUUCACCUGUCACACUCCGGAGCCGGGCUGCCUAGACCAGGAAUGGGCCAGUUCAGGGCCCGCCCUUGCACAGGUGGCCCUGGGCCAGCUGGCAGCCGUCCAUACUCAGUGCGCUGGCACCAGGGCCGGCGGUGACGGGGCCGAUGGGGCCCUCUGCUCGGCCCUGACGGGGAAAUGCCUGAGGCUGCUGGCCGCCCGGAAACACCCCCUCCACCCCUCCGACCGAUGGGAUCCAACGGGACAGGCAAACCCCUACGUGCAGAUGGAGGGAGAGCAGCGAGGAGGGCGGUCAGGCAGAGAGGGAGAGGAGAAGGAGGACAGUAAAGCCACCUCCACGAAGAGGGGAGAUUUGAAGGGAGGCAGAGUAGGGCGGUCUGCCAGCAGCAGCGAUCUGCAGCGGAAGCAUACUGGAUCCGUGCAGGUGUUUUCCCAGGCCAGUGAGGCGCUGGCCCGGGCCAUAGGCCUUUGUCUGCAGCACGGCCUGCACUCCUCCAUCCUGGCCGAAGCCUCCCUCAACAUGUUGGAGUGUCACGGCCAACUGGACCCAGCCAUGACUGGUCAAUACCUAGCGCUCUACCAGAGUUGCCGCAGCAGCGCUGCCAUGGCUGAGGUCCUGGCCUCAGCGUCUUCUGGGGCCUCUGGGGCCUCACGUCUCUCCUCCUUCCUGGGGCUCCUGGGUGACCUGCAUCACUCCCAGGAGGAGACCCCCAGCAGCAGGCUGAGAGCACUGAAGGAUCAUCUCACCACUCUCUCCCAGGCAUACCGCCACCUGGCCAUUAACCCAAACCACCUUAGCAUUCUGGGAGAGCUGCCGCCAAACCUCACUCUCCUGCUGCUGCAGCACAACCAGGACGGGUCCAAACUUUAUGGAGCACUGUACGAAAAGGUCGAGCCUAUGGAUCAUCAAAAAGGAAAGGCAGCGCAAUCUACAGCAGCGGUGCUAACAUGCACUAGAGUGGCUAAGGUGCAGGUCAGCCCAGGGAUGCUGCUGGCUUUGCGGGGAAAUAUUCGGACCUUCGCCAGACAGACUGGGGAGAUCCUCUUGGACGAGGCCCGUCGGCACAGCAGUGAGACAGGGCACGCCCCCCAGUCUUCCAGAGCAAAAACCCUGAGUGGAGAACAGGAGCAGGCGGCUCAGUUCAGAGCUGUCGUGGAGGCGAUGGAGAACUAUCUGCAUCCCAUCAUCUCUCAGUUGGACUGCUCCCGCUUCAGUAACCCCAGGAAGAAAUCUCCUUCUGGGCACGCCCAGGAGUCAGAGAGACUAGGAGAGAAGGAGGAGAAACAGAAGGGAUUGGCUAAAGAUCAACCUGCCUGCCCUCCCCAGGACCCGGGGGUGUGUGUGGUGCUCCUGGCUGACCAGUGGCUGCAGGAGCUGCCGCUGGAGGCCCUGUCUGUCCUGCAGGGCCAGGGGGUGGGCUCCGUGUCCCGGGACUUCUCCCUGCAGCUCCUCCACGCUCGGCUGCACCGGGACCAGCCUGAGAAAGUUGAAGGUGACAAUAAACAGGAGACCAAAGGGGCCAAGGCGGCCAAGGGGAAGGGAGAUCAAAGCAGAGCCAUCAAAGUGCCUCCAGUAAACCGUGUGCUGCCUCCCCACGCUUUCCCAGUUGAUGCACGGGAUUUUAAAUAUAUCGUCGACCCCUACAGUGACUACAGCAACUACGAGGGCGGCAGUCUGGCUGAGAGGAUGAAGGUAACUCUGGACGACCACAGCCAGCAAGGCGCUUCUCUCUGGGAUGGCUUCAUGGGCAGCAGCAGACACACUCCAAGUCUGGCCCAGGUUGAGCAGCUCCUGGCCGGGUGCAGCGGCUUCAUCUACCUUGGGACGGAGCGCUUCAUGGCCAACGUCCCCCCUGUCAAGCUUGCAGCCAUGGAUCUCUCUGAGUGCCACUUAGCGCUGAUCUUCGACCUGCUCCAGAACAGAGCCAGUGCUGCACGCCAGUCAAACCUGGACCUGCAGAAAAGUGCAGGGCGGCUGGCCCUGGAGGGGCCCGUGGAGACGGCCCUGCUGCUGAGCCUGUGCGGGGUGCGCUGCGUCGCCUUGCACCAGUGGCACAGCUCCCCUCGGACCCACGCCCUUAACGUGGCCGCCCUGUUGGACGGUCUCCUGGCGGCAGGGCUCUCCUCUGGCCAGGCGCUCCACAGCCUGAGGAAAGGGGACAGAGGCCCCAGUGGGGCUCCCCCGUCUAAUGAGUCUACAGCCAGUGGCAGUUUGGGUGGUGUGUACCAAAAGGCAGAUGUUUCAUGGUCAUCUUUUAACUGUAUUCUGUAUGGGAUUCCUAACUUGGUAAUUGAAUGACACACUUGAAUUCCCUCCCUAGAUGAAUUCAUGUUUAUUUAUGGAAUAGGUGCCCCAUGUUUUUGCAUGAAAAUAACGUGUACACACAGUAAUGUGCUUUACCAAAGUAUAACAGUUCAUAGUUACGAUCGUUUACUAGUUAGUUUAGUUUUUAGAGGGCCUUUAGCUGAUAAUCUUUAAGUGUUCGUCAUGUUCCUUUUGAUGUUUGAUGUUUUUGUUGUUGUUCCUUAUCUAACCUAUUUUAUAUACAGAUGUAAAAUGUGUGUGACAAAAAACAAUAACAUUCCAAAUGCAAAGAGCAUGGUUAUUUACCAAAGAGGUAAGAAGAUGAUAGCAUGCAGCCUUCCUAUUCUCAGGGGGUCUUCCCUUACCUAGAAGGAAGGCCGCCUACCAGGAAUAAAGGUGCCGACUGUAGGGAUAUUUAAAGUGACCUAUAGUUAUUGUUUUUGAAUUAGCCGCCUUUGAACCCUUUUAUGUUUGUAAUUUCCUGUGUUAAUCUGUGACAUUUUACUUGAUCUUUGACACCUCAGUAUUUCACGUAUAACUAUUUUUUAAAUCGGAGAGGUCUCACAUGUUCCAGAAGGGAAGACUGUUUCUCAGACACGGUGUGUGAUGCUGAUGGUGAGCAUUCAGGGUGCAAAAGUUCUCCCACUGGCCUUUCAAAACAACAGAUUAGCAGGCCAUUUGGACAAUGCCCACAUGAUGGUUUAAUUUUCCUUUUUUUUCAUGGAUUGGGAAAUAAAAUGCAGAACUCAAAGCAGGUGUGUUGUGUUUGCUGGUCCACCCACAGCCCAGGGGGGGAUCAGAUAAACCGCAGCCUCAGUUCUCAUGGUA